GCUCAACUACCUUAACCAACAGCCUUUCACAAAAGCCCUACCCCUACCCUCUUCUCCAUUCCCCCCUUACCUCACCACCUCCAAAAUCCAAAUACCCUUUCUCUUUCUCUCUCUCUCUCUCUCUAGAAAAGGCUUAGGCCGAGGCUCCCAAUUUCUCCAACCCGCUUUUAUAGCUCUUCCCUCCAUCACCGAAAAAACAUCGCUUUAACCAAAUAUUAAACUCCGAAAUAACACCAAAACUUUUUCUUUUUUUUCUUGGGUUUUCGCUAAAAUUCUCAAAUUAAAAUAUAAAAUUUUGGGCUGUGUUAUUUUAUUGCUGGGUUUGAAUCUUUGGUCAAUCCGAAUUUGGAUCCGGACCCCCAAAUGUGGCGGCCGUGGGGAAAAUCGCCGACUCGGGUUCAUGACACGUCAUCACCUUCUUCCCUAUUCUCCUGUUCUUCUUUUAAAGACAUCGAGAAUCUCUGUUCUUCAGACGAACCCACUCAAUCACACCAACUCGUUCCCGCAGCCAAGAAAACCUACGUAGUAUUCCACCGAGUCCGAGCCGCCAACUCACUCCUCCGCGCCUGGUCGACUCGCCCGCCAGCUGCACCCGAGCCCCAACCGGAACCCGAACCCGAACCCGAUGCCGCAAAACUACACGAUCAUUCUCCGCCGCCUCCGGUGAUCUCCAUCCCUGGCGCGGAGAAGCGGAUUGUGGUCUACUUCACGAGCCUGAGGGUGGUGCGGUCGACGUUCGAGGAUUGCAGGGCCGUCCGAUCCAUCCUGAGAGGGUUUCGGGUGUCGAUCGACGAGCGAGACUUGUCGAUGGACUCGAGUUUCUUGGCUGAGCUGCAGCAAAUCCUUGGUCAAAGAAAGUUGACUCUUCCGAGGGUUUUCAUUGGCGGGAGGUACGUGGGUGGGGCCGACGAGGUGAGACAGCUUCACGAGAUGGGCGAGCUCAAGAAGUUCGUCGAAGGCUUGCCAGCAGUGGAACCGGGCGUGUGUGACACGUGCGGCGGCAUUUGUUUUGUUCUGUGCGACGACUGCAACGGCAGCCAUAAGUUGUACUCUGAGAAAGGCGGCUUCAAGAGUUGUACCUCGUGCAAUGAGAACGGUCUCAUCAGGUGGUAGUACGCUGCUACUGCUACGAGUAUGAAGUAUGAACAAGCUUUCUAUCCAUAGAAGAUAAGGCUCUAUAAAUACAGACCGGGAAGCAAAGCGCACAUGUUACACUCUUAUAGGACAGGCCCACCAGGCCCACAAGGCAGCUUUUCAUGGACAAUACUAGGCCAUUAAAUAGUCUUCUACACUUCACUGCAACUUUAACUGUAUGUACAAGAAAGAGUAGAAGUACCCAAGUAAGUUUGUUCAUCACAUUUUAUUAAAAAGGUCAAUUCAGAAAUGACACAUGAUUUGAAGACCUUAAACGUUACUCCAAGUGUUACAUGAAAUUAACAGGUUUCACUUUCAGAACUGAGUAA